AUGAAUGUUCGACCGGCACGGAUAGACGACCUUAUGGGCAUGCAGGCGUGCAACCUGCAGAACCUGCCGGAGAACUACACGCUGAGGUACUAUUUGUAUCAUGCAUUGACAUGGCCACAACUUUCCUACGUGGCUGAGGAUAAUAAAGGCCGGAUAGUGGGAUAUAUUCUGGCAAAAAUGGAAGAGGAAGUAGGUCCUGACGAUGACCCUCACGGCCACGUCACAUCAAUAUCUGUCCUAAGGUCGUAUCGUCGGCUCGGUUUGGCGAAAAGACUGAUGGUACAAUCUCAAGAAGCAAUGGCGACAGUGUACAAAGCAGCUUACGUAUCACUGCACGUCCGCAAGUCAAACCGAGCGGCGUUGAGUCUGUACCGAGAUACUCUCGGGUUUACCGUGAAGGGGGUAGAGAAGAAGUAUUACGCCGACGGCGAAGAUGCCUACGCAAUGCAGUUAUCUCUCAAGCAUCUCGCGCGAUGA